AUGGUGCAACCUGUUAUGGAAAUUGUUAUAACGGAAAUUGGCGAUCACACAAUUGACGACGUCUCCACUCAAGAUGGCAAAGAUUGGCUGGAAGCGUUUCGCUUGGGAGCAGAAACAAUCCCCGGAGCUGUGCGAGCCAGCUGGGGUCGAAGCUACAAAUACCCGAAUAUAGCAAUGCAUUUCAUUGAUUACCAAACUCGCCGUCAGCACGAUGUCCAUAAGCAGGAACUCGGUGGCGCCGUCCCCAAGGCACUGUGGCACAUCAUGGACAAAGAGAAGACGGAUUUAUACGUAAUUAGUCCAAACACGCCGGACAGGAGAGUACUCUAUGCUCCCCAGACAAAUGUUGUAUUCUUCUGGGGAAUCGACGAAGAUGCGUUCAGAUCAAAGCAAGAUGAGUUUUUCACUGCAAUCGAGCAGUCAGAUUCGUGCGUUGGUUACAUAUGGGGAGAGAUCCAGCAGCCCGUGCUUUCCGACAAAAGAGGAUACGCUGCGCUUGGUAAAGGAGGAGUGAUGAUCAGCGGAUGGAAGAGUCGCGAAGAGCACGACAGAGACGUCGCAAAACCCAGGGUUACGGAGGCUUAUGAAGCAAUUUCUGCGACCGUGAAAAGGACUGAUACUUGGGGAAUGCAGACAUCGAUUGUGGAAAACAAUGGUCACUUUCACAAGUGGCAACGACUCACCAACACCGACCUCACAAAGCUGGACCACGCCAAACGACCAAUUGCAUAA